CAUAAUCAUCGGGUUGCAUAGAGAUAUGCAGCUAGCCUGAUUAGGUAAUGCACUGGAAACAUGCAUCUGCCGCAGAAACGUCAGAGCUUCCUUCAUCUCACUCUUUACUUGACAAUAUCAAUAAUUAUCAAUAUCUUGAAAUGGGGUUUCCCGAUAAGCCAUCUGCUCAUCUUUUGGGCGCUAAUGGCCCGGUCCAUGCCCUUGCAUACUCCGCCUCUCCAGGCACCUACAUCCUCACCGGUUCCGCGGACCGAUCCAUCCGCCUCUACAACCCAUUUCCCAGCACAUCUGGUCCCGGUGAUCGUCACAGCGUUGUUCCUCAGGGUCGACUGAUUCAGACUUAUGCUGCUCACGGCUAUGAAGUGUUGAGCCUCUCUGUCGCUGCCGAUAAUCAACGGUUUGUGUCGGCUGGCGGUGAUCGCAGCGUGUUCCUUUGGGACGUGAGCACUGCUGUUACGACUAAGCGAUUUGGUGGUAACGUUCAUGGCCACACGGCUCGUAUUAAUUGUGUGAGCUUUGCGGGAGAAGGUGAUUCUAUUAUUGUCAGCGCAGGGUUUGACACUACGGUGAGAUUAUGGGAUACGAAGAGCAACAGCUUCAAGCCUAUACAGGUUCUCGAUGAUGCCAACGAUGCGGUAACAUGUCUCGCCAUCCGUGGCCCUGAAGUCCUCGCAGGGAGCGUCGAUGGUCGCGUACGCAGCUACGAUAUCCGCAUGGGAAAAGUCACAACCGAUGUGAUAGGCGCACCCGUUACGAGUCUCAGUCUCACCCGCGACGGACGCACCAUGUUGGUCGGAAGUCUCGACAACAAGCUCCGUCUAAUGGACCGCGACAACGGCUCCUGUCUACGCGCAUACACCGACCCAGGAUGGAAGAACGAAGAUGUCAAGCUGCAGGCGCUGCUGGGAGGCAAAGAGAAGUACGUAGUGGUUGGCGAUGCCAUGGCCGGUGAGCCUGCACCUAACGGACAUGGAAGGAUAUGGGCUUGGGAUUUGUUGACGGGAAAGUUGGCGGCCAAGGUGACGGUUCCUUGGGGGCCAGAAGGGUUUGAACCUAAGAAGAAGGCUGUUGGCCGGGAUGGAAAGGAGAAGGCGAGGAGUAAUGUUGUGAGUUGUAUGGCGUGGAGGGAGGAUGGCUGGGGAGAUCAGUUCUGCGUUGGUGGAACAUCAGGCGUGGUGACUGUCUACGGAGCCUUGUAGACAUCUUUUAUACCCAUUACUUUUAAGAUCAAGCGAGAUAGCGUCUUUGUUUAUUCUCGAAUCUAAUACAUCAUCAUCAAAGGCGUUUUCCAAUUCGUACAGACAAAAUAUUGUCCAUCAUGAUACCCCUUCCAGCUUGCUUGAACAUUAAUAGCUUUCCACCGGCGCCAAAUCGUUAUCCAAAUUGCCAGAAACCAAAACUCUGUACCCCUUUCUAUGCAUCAAAUAUUGUCAAAUUUUUAUAUGAGACAAAGCUUGUUAGCCCAUACCGGCGUACUUGAACCAGUUGGGUCGACAGUCUUCUCGAUGCAACCAGGCCUCACCGUCAGUGAGACGGCCAGUUACACAGCCCUUACACUUUGGUGAGUUGGGACAGUUGAAGAAGGGGAUGUGUUGAUAUCCAAUAUCACGGAACCUGAGAUGCUUUGUUAGUCUCCUGCAUGUGGAAGAAAGGUUGAAUACGAACCAAUGAAUCUUGCUCUGGUCCUCAAAUAGACCAAGUGCAAUACUAUGAACUGGAGCAUCACCCCA